AUGGCCGUCGCACGCUCGAUGCGCCGCGCGAGUCCUAUCAGCCUCAUGCUGGCUGCUCUGCUAGCUUUCGGCUUCAUCUGUUUCAUGCUGUCUCCCUCCGCACCCUCCGCAUCCGCAUCGGCCGUUACCUCACAUCAGCGACAACAAGACGCCGCCGACCAUCCUCUCUCGCCACCAACAAAACCCUUUCUGAAAUCGCAGCCGGUUCGCAGUGAUGGCUACAUGGCAGCCCCGCCCGUGGUCCACUACAAUCUCAACAACCUCACCAGCACGAGCACCGCCAUCGCCAACGGCGAGCGGAUUCUCAUCCUCACCCCGCUGGCGCGCUUCUACCAAGGAUAUUGGGACAAUUUAGAGAAACUGAGCUAUCCGCACGAAUUGAUCUCCCUGGGCUUCAUCUCCCCCAAGACCAAGGACGGCAACGCGGCCGUCGCGGCACUGGAGAAAGCUAUAUCCAAAACCCAGUCCGGCCCGAUCGACGACCGCUUCGCCAGCAUCUCGAUCCUACGACAAGACUUCGAACCCCCGCUUACAUCCCAAGAUGAAAAAGUCCGGCAUAAACUCUCCGCUCAAAAAGAGCGUCGCGAGUCCAUGAGUCGUGCGCGCAACAGCCUCCUCUUCACAACCCUCGGCCCCAGCACUUCAUGGGUUCUCUGGCUGGAUGGCGACAUCGUGGAGACGCCAGCCUCACUCAUCCAAGAUCUAACGAGCCACGCCGAGCCCGUCAUCGUACCGAACUGCUUCCAGCGAUACUACGACUCGAGUUCCAAGAAGUCGGCCGUCCGGCCGUAUGAUUACAACUCAUGGAUCGACAGCGAGCAGGCCCAGGAAUUGGCUGCGAAUAUGGGACCUGAUGACAUCCUGCUGGAGGGGUACGAGGAAUUGCCCACGUAUCGCACUCUCAUGGCGUACCUACCGGACUUCCAGGCGCUGGAUCCUCAGCGCAUGGUCGCCCUGGAUGGCGUCGGCGGUACUGCUCUCAUGGUCAAGGCUGAUGUUCACCGUGACGGUGCCAUGUUCCCUGCGUUCCCCUUCUAUCAUCUUGUCGAGACGGAGGGAUUCGCCAGGAUGGCGAAGCGGCUGGGGUAUGCCGUUUUCGGAUUGCCGGAUUAUUUCAUCUACCAUUAUAACGAGUAA